AUGAAGCUGAAGUUGCCAAACCCAGGACUGGAUAACCGAAUCCCCUCUCAUGAGGACCUGGAGAGGAUGGAGGAGGAGGAGGCAGGAGACAGGCCCAAAUGGGACAACAAAGCCCAGUAUCUGCUCACCUGUGUGGGCUUCUGCGUGGGACUUGGCAAUGUCUGGAGGUUCCCUUAUCUGUGUCAAAGCCAUGGAGGAGGAGCAUUUAUGAUCCCAUUCCUGAUCCUGCUGGUCCUGGAGGGAAUACCACUGCUGCACCUGGAGUUUGCCAUCGGUCAGCGUCUGAGGAAGGGCAGUGUGGGAGUGUGGAGAUCAAUCAAUCCAUGCUUGACUGGAGUCGGCAUCGCCUCCUUGCUUGUCUCAUUUUUUGUCGGUAUGUACUACAACACCAUCAUGGCCUGGAUCAUGUGGUAUCUCUACAACUCUUUUCAGGAUCCUCUGCCUUGGAGCCAAUGUCCUCUCAAUGCUAACAGGACAGGUGUGGUGGAGGAGUGUGCUCGGAGCAGCAGCGUUGACUACUUUUGGUACAGAGAAACUUUGAACACUUCAACAGCUAUCGACGAUGCUGGAGGUCUACAGUGGUGGAUGGUGCUAGCCCUGUUGUCUGCCUGGACUAUGCUAUAUGUCUGCUGCAUCCGUGGCAUUGAGACCACUGGAAAGGCUGUGUACAUCACAUCCACUCUGCCAUACUUGGUCCUCACAAUCUUCCUUAUCAGAGGACUGACUCUGAAAGGAUCGGUAGAGGGAAUCAAGUUUCUCUUCACACCAGAUGUAAACGAAUUAAUGAAUCCAUCGACCUGGUUGGAUGCAGGUGCUCAAGUUUUCUACUCCUUCUCUGUGGCCUUUGGAGGGCUCAUCUCAUUCUCCAGUUACAACUCUAUUCACAACAACUGUGAGCAGGAUGCCGUUCUCAUCUCCAUCAUCAAUGGCUGCACCUCAGUGUACUCUGCCACGGUUAUCUACUCCAUCAUCGGCUUCAGGGCCACGCAAAAUUAUGACGACUGCACAGCAGACAACAUCUUGAAGCUGAUAAAUGCCUACAACUAUCCUGAAAACAGCAUCACAGAAAGCAACUAUAAUGAUGUUCUGAUCCACCUCAACCAGACAAGUCCAGAUAUCAUUCAAGGAUUACAACUACAGACCUGUGACAUGCAAGCUUACCUCAGUCAGGGCGUGGAGGGAACAGGACUAGCCUUCAUCGUGUUCACAGAGGCCAUCAUCAAAAUGCCUAUUUCUCCUAUGUGGGCUGUCCUCUUCUUCAUCAUGCUCUUCUGUCUCGGCCUCUCAACUAUGUUUGGGAACAUAGAGGGAGUGGUGGUUCCUUUGCAGGACCUCAAAUUGCUGCCUCAAACUUGGCCCAAAGAAGUGUUCUGUGGUUUGACUUGCUUAAUCUCUUUCGCUCUUGGGCUGAUCUUUACCCUGCGCUCUGGAAACUACUGGCUAGCUCUUUUUGACAACUUUGCUGGCUCUAUCCCCCUUCUGGUCAUCGGAUUUUGUGAAAUGAUCGCUGUUAUAUACGUCUAUGGCAUUGACAGGUUUAACAAGGACAUUGAGUUUAUGAUCGGCCACAAGCCCAAUAUUUUCUGGCAGGUGACAUGGAGGUUUGUCAGUCCACUCAUUAUGGUCAUCAUCUUGGUUUUCUACUUUGUAACCCAAGUCACCAAGAAUCUCACUUAUUUGGUGUGGGACGAGGAGGCGGCGAACUUCCCCACCCUGGAACCACGUCCGUUUCCUUCCUGGAUCUACGUCAUCAUCUUCAUCCUGGCUGGAAUUCCCUGUUUAGCCAUCCCAGUGGUCGCCCUCUUCAAAUUCAUCCAGAGGAAAUGCUGCAAGCAGAAAGACUACAGUGACAACACAGUGGACACUAUCUCUGCCAAAAUACAAAUGAAUGACAAAAUGAAGUUUUAG